GACCUCUGCUGGCUGAUCCCGAGUAACGCAUGAACAGGCUCGGAAACAUGGCGGCGUCCCUAAAUUCAGAACUCUUCUGAAGUAGGUCGCGCUUUAUUCAGCUGGUGCAGGUAAACGACGUUUGACAGAACAAAUUAAGCCAUGUCCAGGCUGGCGGUGGUCUGUGGAGGCUCCAGGGGGAUUGGGCAGGCUGUGUCCCGCCUGCUAGGAGAGAGGGGCUGCAGGGUAGCUGUGGUCUCCAGGAACCAGGAUACAGCCCAGGCUGCUGUGGCUGCCCUAGACGGAGCCGACCACAAGGCCUUCAGCUGUGACGUAUCCAAAGAGCAGCAGGUGCAAGAAACCUUUGAAACAAUCCAGAAGACCUGUGGAAACAUCUCUUAUCUUGUCAAUGCUGCUGGCAUCAACAGGGAUGCUUUGCUGCUGAGGAUGACGCCUGAAGAAAUGGUAGCUGUGCUUCACACCAACCUGCUGGGCUCCAUGCUGACCUGCAGGGCUGCGCUACGCAGCAUGCUGCACACCCAGGGAGCAGCCAUUGUUAAUAUAGGCUCUGUGGUGGGCCUGAAAGGAAACUCUGGCCAGUGUGUGUACAGUGCCAGUAAAGCUGGUUUAGAAGGCUUCACUCGCUCGCUCGCCAAGGAAGUUGCUUCACGAAACAUCAGGGUUAACCUAUUAGCUCCAGGGUUCAUCCACACUGACAUGACCGCAGGGCUGAGGGAGGAGGCCGGAGCACGCUCCAUCCCUCUAGGGAGAUUUGGCACGCCAGAUGAGAUAGCCCAGGCCGCCCUCUUCUUGUUGGAGUCCUCCUACAUUACAGGACAGGUGCUGGUGGUUGACGGUGGACUGCAGCUGGCCAUGUAGGAAGUGGCAUUACUGGUGCUGGUCGAAAGAAAGCCUUUCAGUACUGAAUGUCUUGUUUAAGCAAGGUUAUGAUGAGAGACAGCUUUCUGUUAUCCUGGAUGGAGAAUCAUCACAGAGAUGAGGCCGCGUGUUGUUAGAAUACACAAUCCCACAUCUGCCUUCAGGGGGCUGUCCUGCUGAGUCACUGAGUGCCGCCACAGUGUGUGUGUGUGUAACAGUGUGUUGUGACUAACACUGCUGACUCCGAAGUGUCUGGCCCCAUCCAGACCUCUGUGCCCUGGGGUCCUAAAUUUAAUCACCAGAUUUAACGCAGUGGCUCAUUUUCCAUGACUGUCUAACGCUCGCCGCUGAUUCCAGCGCUCAUGUUUUGUUUUCCCCACCUCCCUCGUGAGAUCCCCAUAACACAGCCAGCGCAUGUUGCCCCCUUCACCCUCCCUCUUCCAAACACCAUCAGCCUCCUGAUCCCAUCUCUGUUGGGGGCUGCAGCUGGAGGAAAUUAGAGGUGGGGGUGGUAUUUUUAGACUGGGGAAUGUUUUUUCUGUGUUUGGUUAAAGCUUCGAACCUGGAGAGUAGACGGAUUUGAUUGUCAUAUCCAGUGAUACGAUGGGAAAGCUGCUAAGCUCGUCUCUUGCAUUAAAAUAUAGUUAAAAAGUGCAACAAUGAA